AUGUCACCCGACGAAUACUACCUGGCGCCGCCGCUCCGCGCACCAGAGCUGCACAUCCCCCCCUCAAGCGCCACAGCCUCCGUCUCAGUCAUCGACACCGGCGCGCGCGCAGACCUCCCAAUCACGCACUUCCUAACCCCCACCAUCGCAACAAAAACGCGCCUCACGGGCCCCGCGUACGCCUUCCUGAUCACGCACUGCGCCAGCAGCCGCCGCGUCGUCUUCGACCUCUCUAUCCGGCCCGACGUGCACAACCUCGCGCCCGCGCUCGUGGCCAGAAUCCAGGACCCCGGCAAUGGGUGGCGCGUCACGCCGCCGCCUAGGCACGGGAACGUCGCCGACGUGUUGAGGGGCGGGGGCGUGGAUCUAGGCAGUGUGCAGGCCGUCAUCUGGAGCCAUGGCCACUGGGACCAUGUUGGCGACCCGUCGACGUUUCCGCCCGAGACGGACUUGGUUGUCGGGCCGGGGUUUCGGGCGGAGAUGAUGCCGGGGUGGCCGGUGAGGGAGGGUGCGGUGUUGAAGGAGGAGGAUUGGGCUGAACGGGCGGUCAGGGAGGUAGUAUUUGAUCAGGGGUUGAGGAUUGGCGGGUUUGAGGCGGUGGAUUUUUGGGGCGACGGCAGUUUUUACCUGCUCAGUACGCCGGGGCAUGCGGUGGGGCAUUUGGCGGGGUUGGUGAGGGUGAGGUCUGCGGGGGACGGUGGGGGGAGAGACGCGUUUGUGUUUAUGGGUGGAGACAUAGCGCACCACGCCUCGCAGCUGCGUCCAUCGCCCUACCGCCCGCUCCCACGCACCAUCUCGCCCGACCCCCUCUUACCCAUCAGCUCUACCCCCACUUCCUCCUCCUGCCCAGCCACGCUCUUCACGCCCCUGCACCCCGACCCCGACCCCCUCCGCAAGGCUACCACGCCCUUCUGCAUCCCGGCCCCGGGCUUGCCGUCUGAUUACGAUGCCUGUCUACGCAGCGUGCAAGGGUGCAUAGGGUUCGAUGCGUGCGAUGACGUGCUGGUUGUGCUGGCGCAUGAUGAGUCGUUGUUGGGAGUUUUGGGUGAUGGGGAGGGUGCAGAGCACGGGAAAUGGUUGUUUCCGAACACGCUGGAUCGGUGGAGGGAGGAGGGGUUGGGCGAGCUGGCGAGGUGGCGCUUCUUGGCUGAUUUUAGCGAGGGUGUGGACCAGAAGAAGGUAUAG